GCUCUCCUUUGACAUUUAUGCAUUAUUUGAGUAUUCAUGACACAACUUCAAUUGCAGGCUACAUUCCACGAAUGACAUUCCGUUUCGGUGGCACCUACAAGACAGACUGUGACCUCAGUAUAGACGAGUACAUGACAAACAGGACCACUCACGACCUCCGUCAGGGUGACUUGAGACGCUCCGUUACCAUGGUUCCACGUCUGACGGCCACGUCACAUGACCCACAGGUUCGAGACCAGCUGGACAGAUACCGGGACACACACCCUACCAGGCCUAUGCUCAUGGAGGACCGCAGACCUCUCACUGAGCCACCGUUGCCGGGUUACAACGGCUACAUUCCACGUGUGAAGCCCACAGAGUUGGGACUAGGGCAUCGGUACCAUGUGGCAUGUGACAACGGAUUCAACGCGUUCGUUCAGGAAACUGCUCGUCACUCUUUGAACACCACGGGGGUCUUGCCAAAGGCAUUAGAACGGUUGCCAAGGGAACAGUUGCAGAGCGCCCCGGCAGCAUUUAACAGACGCCUUUACCAGAAAGAUGGAAUGGUGCCGAAAUACACAGGAUACAUCCCUCACCGCAGGUUUGUUUUCGGCAACACAUAUGGAGACACCACUCGAAGCCUCUCGAUUUGUUCCCAUGACGCACAGUCCUACGCAGAUCACGUUGCUCAAAAGUACGCAGUCAACUAGGUCACCUGUUUCUAUUUAUAGAACAUUAUGCCAAAUGCAUUACGCCGACAUGAAAAUGAGCUCAUGUAGUAACUAACGCCUCUGAAUGAUUCCCAUGGUAGUGUCUUUGAUUUCAUUAGGGCCUUUAUUCACUAAAAUCUUUAAGGAAAUCUGAAAUUUAUUAGCACUGACGUGAACAUUUAUAGCAAUGUUUCUAUGUGAAAUGUAUUAAUGUAUGGGGAUAGCAAGAAUUACUUUAUAUUUCAGCAAUAUUGAGAAGUCAUGUACCACAUAAUCGUAGGGCUUACUCUGACAUUUGCCAAACUAACCAAUGGCUACAAAUAAAAUAUCCAAAAAUAAUAAGAAUUAAGACAUAAAAAAGUAAAUUUUGCUAAAGGAAAUUUUGAGCCAGAUAGGACCUCUAAAUCGCAGAAAAGCUAAACACUUAAAGACAAAUUUAAAAAAUAAUGGGAUUUUAAGAUUUCUCUCAAAUGAUAUCUGAAUAGGAUCCCUGGUAAAAGCCAUGGUGGUUCAUAGGCACCAAUGGUGUACCUUAAGCCUGUUUUGAUUCAUUUGAUUGACAUAUUGUUGUUAUCUAUCAUAUGUCAUUGAUUCCAUGUAAGAAUUAGAAAUAAACAACGCUAUUCCUACACUCUCAUUUUUUUAUUUAUUUUUUUAUUUCUUGGAAAUGUAUAAAUCAGCCAUUUAAUAUUGGCUUU